AUGGAGAGUGUAGCAGCGGCUGCUGCAAUGCAGGGGCAAGAUAUGAGUCCAGAACAAGCCCAGUUUAUGGCAAACCGCUCCUUCCCCAAUAAUUACAUAAGCAACAACAUGCCUAAUUAUUAUCAUCCAGGAUUGCGCAACCAUGAAAAUUUCUCUUAUGCUAAUAAUAAAAAUGUGUUGCAACCACCUCCGGGAUUCAAUUCUCAACAGCAACAAGAGAAAAAGCAAUCAUUGGAAGACAUUUUGGGCACUUUUAUUAUGGAGUCUAACAAGAGGUUUGGAAAAAAUGAAGCAAGACUCGACAAUAUAGAAACCCAUAUGACUAACAUGGGUGCUUCAAUGAAGAAAAUUGAGACUCAAGUGGGCCAAUUAGCUAAUGCAGUGAAAUCUAAUCAGAAGGGAAGUUUUCCUAGUGACACUGUGGUAAAUCCAAAGGAAUCAUGCCAAGCAGUUUCUUUGAGAAGUGGUAAGGUGCUUAAUGAGGGUAAUGUUCAAGUCAGUUCAAAGGAGAAAGUUGAGUCAGUGGUACGAGAGGUAGACAAGGAAGAGCAAGCAAAGAAGCAGAGUGGAAGUGACAAGACUGACAUGAAGAAAGAUAGCCUUCCAAUGUAUCAACCUCCCAUUCCUUACCCUCAACGAUUUCAGAAGAAGAAAUUAGAUGAACAAUUUAAAAGAAGAUUAGAAGACUUUGAAACUGUGAAGUUAACAGAAGAAUGCAGCGCCAUCUUAGAGAAAAAGUUGCCACAAAAGGUGAAAGAUCCGGGUAGCUUUACUAUCCCAUGCACUAUUGGAGGAUCAUCCUUUGACAAGGCAUUAUGUGAUCUUGGAGCAAGUAUUAAUUUGAUGCCACUUUCAAUUUUUAAGAAGUUGGGGGUAGGAGAGGUGAAGCCCACAACCAUUACUCUUCAAUUAGCAGAUCGGUCACUUACUUAUCCUAGGGGAGUGAUUGAAGACGUGUUGGUUAAGGUGGACAAAUUUAUUUUUCCCGCUGAUUUUGUGGUGUUGGAUAUGGAGGAGGACCAUGAAAUCCCCAUUAUUCUUGGUCGUCCAUUCUUGGCUACUGGAAGAGCUCUUAUUGAUGUACAAAGUGGUCAGUUGACACUGAGGGUUAACAAUGAAAAGGUUAAAUUCAACAUUUAUCAAGCACUAAAGCAACAUGACAACACAAGCACAUGUCACCGUGUGGAUUCUAUUGAGGUAGUAGUAGAAGAACAAUGA